AUGAUUAUCACAACUCCUACUAAGCUUGUCACUUUCAGCUGGUGGGAAUGGGAAGAUCCGAUCGUGCGGAGAAGCAGUUCCUACAGCACCUGGCCGCCGGAGGCCCUGCGUGAACUUGGGUCUAUUCGGCGACUGCUGCCACUGCUAUUGCUAGCGAUACCCACUCGCCUCUCCAGUUCUGGGCCUAGGGAUUCUACUGCUUCUGGUAUCUACCGAUAUCUGUGGCGUUGGCGCCCGCAGAGUGAUUCGUCUGAUGUCACCAACCACUCUGAUAUUUUCAAUCCCCGUGUCCAUUUCCAGACAGUCAUGGCCUUCCCGCAAGAUCAACCGAGUAUCGAUGAGGUCAAGGUCUCGGUGGAUGCAGCGUUGGACACGUUGCAGUCCUCUCUGCGAAGCCUCAAUCAUCAAAUAUGGUCAAACCCGGAAACGGGGUAUCAGGAACACAAGGCCCACGAUACUAUCUGCGACUUUCUCGAGAAGCAAGGGCUCACCGUCACUCGUCAUGCUUACGGCCUCGACACCUCGUUUGAAGCCAUCAGCGGCUCUGGAGGCCGUCUAAUCAACUUCAACGCUGAAUACGAUGCCCUGCCCGAUAUCGGCCAUGCUUGUGGCCAUAACCUGAUCACGACAAGUAGCGUGUCAGCUUUUUUGGCUCUUUCUGCUAUUCUGAAACAAUAUGGCAUUCCUGGUCGGACCCAGCUCCUGGGAACUCCUGCCGAAGAGAAUGGCGGUGGAAAGGCUAAACUUAUCGAGAAUGGUGCUUAUAAGGGGGUUGAUAUCUCACUGAUGGCCCACGCAGGUCCAAAGAAACUCUUCCCUGGGGUGCGGGAGGAAGGCGUUGGUGGCGUCUUGAUGAACGCCAGGAAGGAAAUCCACUGCGAGUUCACAGGACGAAGUGCCCAUGCAGGAGGUAACCCAUGGGAGGGUAUAAAUGCACUCGAUGCCUUGGUGACCUCGUAUAACAACGUUGCCGUCCUGCGCCAGCAACUCAAGCCUGAUGAGCGCGUACAUUGUGCCUUCCUCGAUACUCCUAAAGUCGCCAACGUGAUCCCCUCGUAUACCAAGGCAUACUGGCAGGUCCGCAGCCCGACGUUAAAAGGGCUGAACAGGCUGAUGGUCAAAGUCCGGAACUGUAUAGAAGCCGGGGCAUUGGCAACGGGAUGUGAGGUCAACAUCGUUGAGGACCAAUUAUACACUGACAUAAAGAUCAACGAUACGCUAUGUGAUCGAUAUCAGUCCCAUAUGGCACGUUACUCUCGCAGUGUACUCAAACGCCAUGAUAAGGUUAUGACUGGCUCUUCAGACAUCGGUGCGUUGUAUCUCAUCAUCUCGGCGAGAGAUGGAAAGCUAACGGCACCAGGCAAUGUCAGCUACGUACUCCCCACCUUACAUACCAUGUUUGGGAUCCCUGCCCCCGACGGAUCGUUUCCUCAUCACCCGACCUUUGCCUCUGCGGCUGGCACCGACGAUGCCCACGAAGAAGCAGUUGUGGUUGGAAAGUCGCUGGCUUUGAUCGGGUGGGAGAUGGUGACGAACAACACCUUCACUUGCCGCCGUCGAAAGGUGAAAUGUGGUGAGGAGCGUCCAACAUGCCAGCGCUGUUUCAAUCUGCGAUUGAAUUGCGAAUGGGGAGUUCCUGUAAAGCGCGGCAAGCCUGCCUCCGUCCGCCAUCUCCAGCCGGCUGAGCCUCGGUGGUCGGGAAAUGAUAUAGUCUCCGUCAAUUCUGCGACUGCGACGCACGGGAUUCUGAAUCCGCAGUACGCAAGCACCCUGGCAGCGAUAUGGCAGCAUCCCGGCACUAUCACAGACUUCACCCCGAUCCUUCCGGAGACGCUUUCCACAGCGGGCUGGCCCUGCUUUCCUCCCCUCACGCCAGUUUCUCCUCUAUACCCAUCGCUCUCGGAACCAGACCUUGCCUGUUCGAACUCGUUGAUUCUCUCCGACCAUGACAAAAAAUACUUUCAGUAUUUCCCAUCCUCCUCGGUGGUGUUCUACUAUAUGAAGUCCUGGCAGUGGAGCAGCUUCAAUUAUCUGUACCAGGGGCCGGCUGCGACGAAUAAGGUCAUCAUGCGCAUGAUACUAGCUCUCUCAGCCAGCGAUAUGCAUCGCAACGGGCUCAUAGUUCGAUCUCCGGGGCGUCCGACGGCAGAAGAUCACGGUCGCUACCAUUACGGACUGGCUGUCAAGGAAUUCCGCCAAUUACUAGAAACCCCCACCAAACUUCAAGUGACACCGACGGAGCUAGAGAUUAUUUUCGCCACCAUGUUUUUAAUGAUCACAUACGAAUGGCAGUUUGGUCACUGUGUACACCAUCUUCAAUUGCAUUUGCAAGGUGUGCGAUCCUUAUUGGAAUCCCAUCCGGAAGUGUUCCACAUCAAGGACGUGAACAAUGUGCUUCUAUCCAUUGACUCGGAACAGUCGGAUGAAUCGGUGUCCCGCGUCUCAUUCAUCCCGGAACAACUGCUGCUUUGGAUACUCUACAUCGAUGUGAGCUGCCGUCCUCAAGGAACCACGGAAUCGCUGUAUGAGUAUGUUUUACGGUCGGGUAUUCCGGCUCUUCAUCCGGAUCGGUUGUAUCGCUGCGCUCGUCUUUGGGGACGCUGUUUCUAUGGAAAGCAAUAUCCUGAUCAACAAGUGUCGGACGAUAUGGAGAAUUAUCGUGGCUUGGAAUUGAUUCAUAUCGCCAUGACGCUGCGGUACAAAACGUGGCAGGUGCUUGUUGAUGAUCCCAGUCGCAGUGGCUUUGAGGGUGAAUCUUUGUUCAAUGAAAUGAUGUCAAUUCACGAUCAAUACUCUGACCUUUUUAUAACGGCUAAAUUUGCUGGCCCAACCUCGAUGCGCCGUACCCUCAACACGAUUAAUAUGGCCGUCAGUACCUUCUACGCUCAGAUUCUUUUCCAUCGCCGCCUUCUCCGCCCUCCCGGUCCCCCCGCCACCAUCCAUCGUCAUGCCGUCACCAACAUCCUUGAAAUCACUCGCAAGCAAUACACCUCCGAGCCGCGACUCCUUCGCCGACUACACUGGCCCCUGUUGAUGGCGGUCAUCGAGACCGAAGACCCGAUUCAACGAGACUGGAUGUGUCAACGACUAUCCGAACUUCGACAAUACCACUCGGAAUUCCGCUGGGCCCACGACUUAGCUGACGAGGUUCUUGCUCGACAGGACACCAGCCAAGGAGAAUACGUCGAUUUGGCAGAAUUGCUGCGCAAUCAGGACAGUUUCCUACAAAAGCUUUAG